AUGACCACCUAUCGGCCCGUUCCGGGUGAUGGAGUGGACCUGGCAUCCAGCUGUGGGGCCAGGGGGGCUGAUGUCCUUCCUGGACCACACAUGGUGGACUAUACCUCCAUGGGAUUCUGGGUCCAGAAUGGCAGCAUGUCCCAGCCUGUUGGGGAGAGCCCAGCUGCCACUGCCACCCGACCCAGCCCCACCACCCCUGCAGUGCCCAAGAUGGGCGUGCGCGCCAGGGUGGCCGACUGGCCGCCCAAGCGAGAGGCCCUGCGAGAACAGAGCAACCCUAGCCCCUCCCUGGACACAGACACCACCAAGGGGGCCCAUCCUGUGAGGAGUUUACAGAACGGACAGCCCCCUGCCAGCACCCCCGCUGCCACUGGGCCCAGAGCCUUCCACCGGCUGUCGAGGAGGCGAUCCAAAGACGUGGAGUUUCAGGACGGGUGGCCGCGGUCCCCCGGCAGGGCCUUCCACCCCCUGCGGCACCGCAGCAGCAGCGAGAUCACACUCAGUGAGUGCGACGUGGAGGACCCCGGGGAGGCCCGAGCGGCCCGACACAUGGGGGCUCUGCCCCUCUUCCGGGAGUAUGGGAGCACCUCCUCCAUUGAUGUGCAGGGUGUGCCCGAGCAGAGCUUCUUCGACAUCCUCAACGAGUUCCGCAGCGAGCAGCAGCCCGAGCCCCGGGGCUCCCAGACCCUCACCGAGCUCCUCCGGGGUGACUCUGGCCCUCACCUUGCAGGGAGCAGUGGCAGUGGAGCCAAGGGUGACCCGCACAACGUGCAGACCCCACGGGACAACCUUUUGCCGCUGCAGCCACUUAAGGAGAAGGCCCGGAAGAAGCCUGUGCGGGGUCUUGGUGGUGGGGACACAGUGGACUCAUCCAUCUUCCGGAAGCUACGGAGCAGUAAGCCAGAGACCGAUGGCAGCCGGUUUCCAGGGGAGGCCGAGGAGGGCCGGAGCCCCCCAGAGGCCAGCCGACCGUGGGUCUGCCAGAAGAGCUUUGCCCACUUUGACGUGCAAAGCAUGUUAUUUGACCUGAACGAGGCAGCUGCCAAUAGGGUGGCGGUAUCCCAGCGACGGAACACCACCACCGGGGCCUCUGCAGCCUCAGCAGUGGCCUCCCUCACGGCGUCACGGGCCCACAGCCUGGGCACCCUGGACCCAGCCUUCACCAGUACAGAGGACCUGAACUGCAAAGAGAACCUGGAGCAAGACCUGGGCGAUGACAACAGCAAUGACCUGCUGCUUAGCUGCCCACACUUCCGCAAUGAGAUUGGAGGCGAGUGCGAGCGCAACGUGAGCUUCUCCCGGGCCUCGGUGGGCUCCCCGAGUGGCAGUGAGAGCCGCCUAGCCGAGCCCACCCUGAGUGCCUACCGCACCAACGCCAGCAUCUCGGUGCUAGAGGUGCCCAAGGAGCAGCAGAGAACGCAGAGCCGCCCACGGCAGUACAGCAUUGAGCACGUGGACCUGGGCGCCCGCUACUACCAGGACAACUUUGUGGGCAAAGAGCAUGUCAAUUACUUUGGUGUGGACGAGAAGCUGGGACCAGUGGCCGUGAGCAUCAAACGGGAGAAGCUGGAGGAUCACAAGGACCAUGGGCCUCAGUACCAGUACAGGAUCAUCUUCCGGACCCGAGAGCUCAUUACCCUGCGGGGCUCCAUCCUGGAAGAUGCCACACCCACAGCCACCAAGCAUGGGACCGGGCGGGGCCUGCCUCUGAAGGACGCCCUAGAGUAUGUCAUCCCUGAGCUCAACAUCCAUUGCCUACGACUGGCGCUCAACACUCCCAAGGUGACAGAGCAGCUGCUGAAGCUUGAUGAGCAAGGGCUUUGCCGGAAGCACAAGGUGGGCAUCCUCUACUGCAAGGCGGGCCAGAGCUCUGAGGAGGAAAUGUAUAACAAUGAGGAGGCAGGCCCGGCCUUCGAGGAGUUUCUCUCCCUCAUCGGCGAGAAGGUCUGCCUGAAGGGCUUCACCAAGUAUGCCGCCCAGCUGGACGUCAAGACUGACUCCACGGGAACCCACUCCCUCUACACGACGUACCAGGACUACGAGAUCAUGUUCCACGUCUCCACACUUCUUCCUUACACACCCAACAAUAGGCAGCAGCUUCUAAGGAAGAGGCACAUAGGCAACGACAUUGUGACGAUCAUCUUCCAGGAACCUGGAGCACUUCCCUUCACCCCCAAAAAUAUACGCUCCCACUUUCAGCACGUCUUUAUCAUUGUCCGAGUCCACAACCCCUGCACUGACAACGUCUGCUACAGCAUGGCUGUGACCCGAUCCAAAGAUGCACCUCCCUUUGGCCCCCCUAUCCCCAGCGGAACCACGUUCCGCAAAUCCGACAUCUUCAGAGACUUCUUGCUGGCCAAGGUGAUUAACGCUGAGAAUGCUGCACACAAAUCCGACAAGUUUCACACCAUGGCCACCAGGACCCGCCAGGAGUACCUCAAGGACCUGGCAGAAAACUGCGUCUCCAACACACCCAUCGACUCCUCUGGCAAGUUCAACCUCAUCUCCCUGACAUCUAAGAAGAAAGAGAAAACAAAAGCACGAGUGGGUGCUGAGCAGCACAGCGCAGGGGCCAUCGCCUGGAGGGUGGCAGCCCAGGACUACGCCCAGGGCGUGGAGAUCGACUGCAUUCUGGGAAUUUCUAAUGAAUUUGUGGUGCUCCUGGACCUGCGCACCAAAGAGGUGGUGUUCAACUGCUACUGCGGAGAUGUCAUUGGCUGGACCCCAGACUCCACAACACUCAAAAUCUUCUAUGGGCGAGGGGACCACAUCUUCCUACAGGCUACGGAGGGCUCUGUGGAGGACAUAAGGGAAAUUGUCCAGAGACUGAAGGUGGUGACCAACGGCUGGGAGACCGUGGACAUGACACUGCGGCGGAAUGGACUCGGACAGCUGGGCUUCCAUGUGAAGUACGACGGGACAGUGGCUGAAGUGGAGGACUAUGGCUUUGCCUGGCAGGCUGGCCUCCGGCAAGGCAGCCGGCUGGUGGAGAUCUGCAAGGUAGCUGUGGUCACCCUGACGCAUGACCAGAUGAUUGACCUGCUGCGUACCUCUGUCACCGUGAAGGUGGUCAUCAUCCCACCCUUUGAAGAUGGCACACCCCGCAGGGGUUGGCCAGAGACCUAUGACAUGAAUACCUCGGAACCCAAGACCGAGCCAGAAAACAUGGUUCCCGGGGGCCGGCCCCCCUACCGCAGCAACGCUCCCUGGCAGUGGAGCGGACCUGCAUCCCACAACUCCCUGCAAGCCUCCAAGUGGGCUGCACCAGCCACCCCAGGCCAUGCCCAGUCCCUGAGCCGGCCCCCAAAGCAGACCCCAUUGGUCCCCUUCCGGGAGUCCCAGCCUCUACACAGCAAGAGGCCUGUCAGCUUCCCAGAAACCCCUUACACAGCAUCACCAGCAGGGGCCGACAGAGCUCCUCCCUACCGACAGCCUUCAGGGAGCUUCUCCAUCCCCGGCUCGGCCACCUACGCGAGGUACAAGCCAUCGCCAGAAAGGUAUGCGGCCGCCUCCCACCCAUUGCUGUCUUUGGAUUCCCACUUCCCCCAUGAUGGGACCUCCAGCGGCGACUCCUCCUCGGGUGGCCUGACCAGCCAGGAAAGCACCAUGGAGCGCCAGAAGCCAGAGCCUCUGUGGCAUGUGCCUGCGCAGGCCCGACUCUCAGCCGUGACUGGAAGCAGCAGCAGCAAGCACAGCUCCAGGCAGGACACAGCAGGCAAAGAUUCCCCAAACAGGCAUUCCAGAGGAGAGCCUCAGUACUCCAGUCAUUCCAGCAGCAAUACUCUUUCCAGCAACACAUCCAGCAGCCACAGCGAUGAUCGUUGGUUUGACCCCCUAGACCCCCUGGAGCCAGAGCAAGACCCCCUCUCCAAAGGCGGCUCGAGUGACAGCGGCAUCGACACUACCCUCUACACCUCCAGCCCCAGCUGCAUGUCCCUGGCCAAGGCACCUCGGACUAACAAGCCACACAAGCCCCCAGGAAGUUUAGGGCUCUGUGGUGGGGGCCGUGAGGCCAGCGGGAGGUCCCACCACGCAGAGAGAAGACGGGAAGUCUCACCCACCCCAGCGGUGGCUGGCCAGAACAAGGGCUACCGACCAAAACUGUACUCCUCAGCCUCCAGCACUCCCACGGGCCUAGCUGGGGGCAGCCGGGACCCACCGAGGCAGCCCAGUGACAUGGGCUCAAGGGCUGGCUACCCUGCUCAGGUUUACAAAACUACCAGCGCAGAGACUCCUCGGUCCUCACAGCUGGCGCAGGCCAGCCCCUUCCAGCUCUCUGCCUCUGUCCCCAAGUCCUUCUUCUCCAAGCAGCCCGUACGCAAUAAGCACCCCACAGGGUGGAAGAGAACUGACGAGCCCCCACCACGGCCACUGCCCUUCACUGACCCAAAGAAGCAGGUGGACACCAACACAAAAAACGUCUUUGGGCAGCCAAGGUUGAGGGCAUCACUCCGCGACCUCCGCUCCCCACGGAAGAACUAUAAAUCCACCAUUGAGGACGACCUCAAGAAGCUCAUCAUCAUGGACAACCUGGGGCCGGAGCAGGAGAGAGAAUCAGGGUCCCCUCAGAAGAGCCUACAGCGGACACUGUCGGAUGAGAGUCUAUGCAGUGGGCGCCGGGAGCCCAGCUUUGCCACGCCUGCCAGCCUGGAGCCAGGCCUGCCCAGCGACGUGCUCUUCACCAGCACCUGCGCCUUCCCCUCCAGUACACUACCCACCCGCCGGCAGCACCAGCACCCCCACCCGCCGGGCAGUGGCCCCAGCACUGUCCCCACCACUGGCAAUGGCUUCCCAGAGAAGAAAUCCGUGAUCUCUGCCUCUGAACUGUCCCUGGCUGAUGGACGGGACCGGCAACUGCGUCGCCUGGACCCUGGCAUGAUGCCCUUGCCCGACACGGCUGCUGGCCUUGAGUGGUCCAGCCUGGUAAACGCAGCCAAGGCGUACGAAGUGCAAAGAGCAGUCUCUCUCUUCUCUCUAAACGACCCAGCCCUGAGCCCAGACAUCCCACCUGCCCACAGCCCUGUCCACAGCCACCUGAGCAUGGAGAGGGGGGCUCCCACCCCCAGGACCACCCCGACCAUGAGUGAAGAGCUGUCCUUGGACCUGACCGGCAAGGUGUACCAGCUGGAAGUGAUGCUCAAACAGCUGCACACAGACCUCCAGAAGGAGAAGCAGGACAAGGUGGUGUUGCAGUCUGAGGUGGCCAGCCUGCGGCAGAACAACCAGCGGUUGCAGGAGGAGUCGCAGGCCGCCAGCGAGCAGCUGCGCAAGUUCGCUGAGAUCUUCUGUCGGGAGAAGAAGGAGCUUUGA